AUGGUGUCUUCCUCAGGUCAAUUCGAUCUCAAGUCCUCCUUUGAUGUUAGCUAUGCCCCCUGCGACGUCAAAAAGUGGGUCUCCUCCAAGACUGGCUUGCAGUUGGUCUUGAUCAACCAGCUGUCCCCCAUCGUUAGUGGCCAGUUUGCUGUCGCCACCGAGAUCAACAACGAUUCUGGUGUUCCUCACACCCUUGAGCAUCUUGUUUUUGGUGGCUCGAAGAACUUCCCCUACAAGGGCUUGUUGGACACCUUGGCCAAAAGAUUGUAUUCCGAUACCAACGCCUGGACUGCUACUGAUCAAACUGUCUAUACCUUGAACACUGCUGGCUGGGAGGGCUUUAACAAAUUGUUGCCAGCCUAUCUAGACCACAUCUUGAACCCAACUUUGACCGACGAGCUUUGCUACACUGAGGUAUACCAUGUCGAUGGCAAUGCAAAGGAUAAAGGUGUCGUUUAUUCUGAAAUGCAAGGCAUCCAAAAUUCUUCUUGGUUCUUGAAUUUUUUACAAGCCUCAAGAGCUUUAUAUGGUGCUGAUUCUCCUUACUCUUCUGAGACUGGCGGUUUGAUGGAAAAUCUCAGAACUUUAACCAAUCAUCAAAUUAAAGAUUUUCACAAAUCCUCUUAUAGACCAAGCAAUUUAUGUGUUAUUGUCUCCGGUUCAGUCAAUGAGUCUGAAUUGCUACAAACAAUGAUUGAUUUUGAUAACAAUUUACCAAGUUUAUCCACAGAUACCAUUUUCCUACAAAGACCCUUUCAUUAUCCGAAUGUUAUCAUUCCUUUAACCAAAAGUAUAGUUCAAACUGUCAAUUUCCCUGAUAAAGAUGAAUCAAUGGGCGAAUUGAGUCUCUCUUGGAUUAUUGAUGAUCUCAGUAACACACUAGCUAGACUAGCCACUGAUUUCUUAUUCUUUUAUUUAUCCGAUUCCUCCGUCUCUUUAUUCUAUAAAAACUUCAUUGAAAUUGAUGAUCCCCUUGCUGCAGAUGUAGAUUAUUCAGAGGACGCUUUUAUACAGUUUGCUUUUCAACUCGUCUUCACCGGUGUUCCAACUAAUAAAAUGCAACAACUUGAAUCUCAAUUUUUUAGUGUUUUAAAGCACCACUUCACUCUCCAAAAUUUUGAUUUAACAAGAAUGAGAGAUUUAAUCGAAGUUAAAAAAUUGAAAUAUCUAUUCAAAUCAGAAAAUUCAACCUCAAUAAUUUGUGAUACUGUAGUUGAGGAUUUUCUUUACGGUAAUCAAGAUUGCUCUGACUUAAAACCUUGGGUUGAUGAUUUAUCUGAAUAUCAAACUUUAUCUAGUUGGUCUUCCACUCAAUGGAUAGAUUUUGCUCAUGAUAAAAUCAUCAACAAUCAUUCUGUCCUAAAUCUAAUUGUCCCCUCAAAGGAUUUAUACCUAAAAAAUAAAAAAGAUAAUAAAAAAUUAAUCCAAGAUAGAAUUGGUAAAUUGGGUCAGUCUGGUUUAGACAAAUUAAAAGAAAAACUAAAAAACGCUGAAGACAAAAACAAUAUUCCCAUUCCUGAUGAACUCAUUCUCAAAUUCGGUGAACCCGACCCUGAAAAGAUCCAAUUUAUUAAAACUGAAACCAUUUCAACUAUAGAUGAUUCCCUAAACGAUAAAGAAUCUCCAACCUAUAAUCAUAUAAUAAAUGAUUUGCCCUCAAAUUUCCCAUUGAAAUUCCAUUUUGAGAAUUUUAAAAGUAAUUUUGUGAAAAUUAGUAUCAUUUUUUCUUCAGUUUUAAUUCCACUGCAUUUAUUACCUUAUUUAUCAAUUUUUGAGUUCAUUUUUGCAUCUCCUGUUAUCUUAGAAGAUGGCACUCAUUUGCCUUAUGAAUUAGUAGUCUCUGAACUUAAUAAAAACUUUAAUAGUUAUGAAUUUAACCACUCUUUUAAUUCAUUUAAUGAAGUAAUUGAAAUAAAAUUCCAAUUUAAAAAGGAAAAUUAUAAUAAGGCAAUCCAGUGGAUAACAAAUAUUCUCUGGUUUACAGUUUUUGAUGAAUCAAGAAUUAAAGUUUUCCUUGAAAAGACACUCAAUAAUUUGCCAGAUUGUAAAAGAGAUGGAGGACUGAUGUUAUCAUUUUUAUAUAAUAAAGUCUCCUUGACAGAUAGAUCAUUAUCAAAAAUGAUCAGCAGUAUAAAUAGUGAACAGAAAUUAAGAGAUGUACUUCAAAAACUUCAAGACGGUGAAAAAAGUUCAGUGUUGAAUGAUUUAGAGACAAUCAGAAAGUCAUUAUUUACUUUAAAUAAUAUGAACAUAUUUAUCUCUGGUAGUAUAUCGACUUUGAAAAAUCCGGUUUCAUCUUGGAAAGCCUUAGUCAAUUCCUCAAAAAGCAUUCAGGGGGAAAUUGGAGCGAAUUAUAAAGUAUCUCGUGGAAUCGAGUUUCUUUCAAAUAUUGGUAAAGAAGGAAAAAGUAAGGCCUUUAUUAUACCUGUUCCAGCAACUGAAUCAUCAUAUCUUCAAGCUCUCUAUUCUGGCGGUCCAAAAGAUUUUAACGAUGAAGAUAUUCCUGCAAUUUAUCUUGCAAGUGAAUAUCUUCAAGCUGUAGAAGGUCCAUUUUGGAAAGGCGUCAGAGGUGCAGGUUUAGCUUAUGGUGCUAAUAUUUACCAUGACUUGGAAAUGGGCCAUAUGGUUUUUUCUGUCUACAGAGCAUCUGAUUCUGAAAAAGCAUUGAAAGUUGCCAAAGAAAUUGUGGAAAAUAUUAUUAGUGGAAAAACCACAUUAGAACCUAUUUUGAUCAAAGCUGCGAUGAGCAGUAUUGUCAACACUAUAGCAACACGUUCACAAAAUAACUAUUCUGCAGCUACACAAAAUUAUUUAAAUCUUUUCUUGAAAAAACGAGGCCAUAACUACGAUCAUAGAUUGAUGAAAGAAUUGAGUAAAGUUACCAUUGAUCAACUAAUAUGUGUUUAUGAAAAAUAUUUCUUACCUAUAUUUGAAUCUAAAGAUGGCUUGGUUUUCUUAAGUUGUCAUCCUAGUCAAUUAGAUAAUCUUGAAAAAUCACUCCAAGAAAAUGGGUAUUACGUUACAAUUGAGAAUUCAGUUGGCGGUGAAGAAAAUGACUUACUGCAAAAGGAAAAUGAUAAUGCUUCAGAUGAUUUUUCAGAAAGUGAAUCAGAUGAGGAUGAGGAUGGGAGUGAUGAUGAAUAA